UUUUUUUUUUCUUUUCUUUUUAUUUCGAUUUUUUUUUUUUUUUAUUAUUCCUCAAUAUUGUGUCAAGAAAGAAACUAUGGCUUCUUUCACUGAAGAAGCUGAUAAUGCCAAGCGAUCAUUGUCACAAGAAGAUCUUACCAAUCUAUCAAAGAAAAGCCGGAUUGAUGAACAUGGAAAACAAGUAACUAUUCAACAAUCAAACGAACUUAAUCAAGAUGGAUCUAACCUUGUCAGCACACUUGCCAAAAAGGAUCGAAAGAAGUAUCACAAAGCUAUUAAUUUGGGACAAAAAGUCAAAAUAAGUGAUGGAAAACUGUUUCUCUAUCCAAAGAUUGCUUUUCGACAACACAAUAGUUUUAUUUCACUCAAUGAUCUUCGUCUAUUGAUACUUGCAACUCUUGAUUCUGGUCACAAGGUACCGCGUUGGGCUGAAAUACUUGAACGCCACAAGAUCAAAAAAGUAGUAGUAGUAGACAUUCCGGUAUUGGAUCCGACUGUGUUAGAUAUUGAGGCUCUUGAUCUCACGAUAUCUAAAGAAACAACUCUGAAUUCGUACAACACAUUGCUGAAUAAACGAGGCGAAUUUUUCAAGUAUUUUGGGGUGUCUAAUAUCGAAAGUGAUCCUAUUGCAAUUAUUGGUACUGGUCCUGGUGACAAGCGCAGAGGACUUCAAAAUCGAUUUAGUCAACUUUUACAGUGCAAAAUGACAAAAGGACAAUUGAAGAAAUUACGACAUGAACCUACUGAAAUCGAUGGCAAUGUUAUCCCAAAUGCAGAAGAACUCAUGUUAACUCUUGAAGAUUUGGUUGAAGAAAAUUUCCCUCUACAUCAUUCUUUACAACACGAUACCCCUUUACCAGAUGGAUGGGUAGAUACAAAGGAAGGUACUGGAUCAAUAAAGAAACUUUUGGCUAUGGAUUGUGAAAUGUGCAAAAGUGAAAAUAGACGUGUCCUUACCAAAGUGGCUUUAGUGGAUGAAGAUCACAAUAUCCUGUUGAAUGAAUUUGUGAAGCCUGAUACUCCAAUUACAGAUUACGUUACGCAAUAUAGCGGUGUGGAUGCAAAAUCAUUGGAAGGGGUUACUACUACAUUGGCUGAUAUUCAAAACAAACUGAUGGAUUAUAUUGACGGUGAUACAAUUCUUGUGGGUCAUGGAUUGGUGAAUGAUCUGCGAGCGGUAAAGAUGCGGCAUCCUUAUAUCAUCGAUACAUCAGUCAUCUAUCAUCACGAUAAUGGUCCACCUUAUAAGGCGCCAUUACGAGGUUUAGCUUUACGAUAUUUGAACAAGCGGAUACAACAACAUCACCAAGAAGAAAACAACGACGAUGAUACCAACACAAACACAUCAUAUACGCAGUCAACAGUACAAGUGGAAGAGCAACCUAUCGGACAUGAUCCUUGUGAAGAUGCUAUUGCUAGUUUGGAACUUACUCAACUCAAAAUGAAGAUGGGAUUCAAAUUUGGACUUCAUAUGGAUUAUGUGACGGAAAACAUCCUGGAUAGACUAGAGCAACAAAAGAAAACGGGUGUAGUGAUUGAUGUACAAGCAAAAUACAAUAACGUCCUUACUAGAGAGCUGAAGGAUAAUCCCAACUUUUACAAUAUGGUUUCCAAUACUCAAGCUGUGGACAAGGCAAUUCAACAACAUGCUAGUAAUGAUUUAGUGAUGAUGAAACUUGGGCAAGAAGAUAUGAACGAUGACCUGAUUCGAACUGACACAAUUAUUGCCACCUACUUGGAGCAUGUACGAAAAAUUUAUGAUCAUCUUGAACCGGAUACUGUCAUUCUUAUGUUGACGGGUCAUUACAAUAAUGAUGAACUUGAAAGGUAUCGAAAAAAAUGGCUUGCAUAUAAAUUGGAUCUACGAACACGACUUUUAAAUGAAAUCCCAGAAAAUGAACGAUGGACCGAACAAGAUGAACAACAACAUAGUACAUUAUUAGAAUUAGCUAAAAGAUUCCUUGUAUUCCCAUUUGUCAAAAAUUGAAUGAAAUAAAAUAGGAUAUGAUCUUUGUACCAAAUUUGUAUGUGAUAAGAUUCUCCUGUGGGUAAAAUGAGGAUAAUGAUGAUGAUGAUACAUUCCUUGGCAAAAGACAUUUUCCCCUAUUUAUACAU